AUGGCGUCUCCUAAUGCCUUUAUCCUGUCGCCAUCACGAAGCAGCAACCAGAAAUCUCGCUUCUUUCGCUCAUCGUCGCCGGAUUUGCCAGCCGUCGGAGACAUCUUGUCACCUAAUGCCAAAAUUCGGCCUCUUAAACAUGGCAACCAAGAGUUGGUCAUCUCCUCCGACGAGGAGACGGAAAUCAAGAAAACGGGCAACAAAGAGCAUACCGAACCUCUUCUUGCUGGGCUGACUCCCUCAGUUUCAACCGGAUCUCGCACCAUGGAACCCGAUGAUAGUUCACUGUUCAUUAUUGAACCCCCUAUCAUGCAUACACCAGAAGCUCGGAGACACCACGCAACACCUCCUAAAUUCAGAGCAAAGUCGAGCUCUCCCGUGAAAGAUGAGCGGUGGAAAAUGUUCAAAUCCAAAGCAGAUAGUACAAAAAGUGAAAUUGACGAGGCAACACCUAUGGAAAUGGACAUUGUUGAGCCGCCCUCUGCUCAGCAGCCAACGUUCGACCCAUCUUCUCCUGCAGUCAGAACCAAGUCUACACGGGCCGAAAACGAUAUCAAUGAGCCGCUCAUGCUAGAGCCGGCUACGCUUCGACGCCUUGACUGGACCCCUCCAUCAAACAAGACCUCAACUAUUCUUCCGCUACAUUCCCCCACUAUUGACGGCCUACAUUCACCAGGAGAAGCCCAGGAAGCAGCCAAGAGCUUUGAGCAGAUUCUCGAAGCCUACAAAUGCACCAUGGAUAAUCUGCAGCAAGAUGCCAGCAUGGCCUCGGAUUCAGAUACCUCCAUACUAAGAAAGCGGAAACUCGUCGAGCUUGUCACGACCUCUGCAGCACCUACAGAACCGUCUCCUGGGGUGAAAACCAAGGCUCCUGUGAAGCAGAAAGCACCGAAGAAAAAGCCACGCACACUGACGGAAAUUGCAACGUCGGCAUAUAGAGUUCCAGAUCCUUCAGAACCAGCGUCUCUAAUCCUAGAUGACGACGCUACAAGCACAACCAAGGAGUCUGAUGCUCCAACCACUAAAGGGGGAAGCAAAGCGAAGCCGAGGAAGAGGAUAUCCAAGGGUGCAGCUAAGAAGAAGAAGAAAGCAACUCCACCCCCACGGCCAAUUCUAUUACCUCCAACAGAGGCGCUCAAAGAAGUUGCAAGGCAAGAUUUUGUGUUUGGAACAUCAAGCCAACUAGCAAUUGAAAAUUCGCCCACUUUUCUACGAGAACUUCACGCUGCAAUGAGACGCUCGAAUCAAACCGAGUAUAUAGAUCUCGAUACUCCUCUAAAUAGCGACGGUAUCGAGCCUCCGGAAAGGAAGAGGCUAUGGGCCGCUGCUGCUCGCGAUGUUGACGGAGAUUUAUUCGACCUUGAGAUGAGCAGAAUUAUAGAAAGGUCAUCUCAGCUGCUGCCUGCGAUAUCUGACGACGAUCCAUUUGGUUACACCGGCGUUGACAGAAAGACGACUACGUCCGCCGUGAGUGUCAAUGGAGUCGAUACUAGUUUACAAAACGAGUCCCUCGUUCACUCUGCCGUUGUUCCGCAGCACAAAAACAUUGAGCCUAUCCAAUUAGUGGACGAGGACUCUAUGCUAAUAGGUAGUGAUAUCUCUACUGGAUCACCGAUACAACGGCGCAUCAAAUCUGCUGCCAAUAGUCAACCCAUAGAACCAAAUGACACUUGCAAAGACGGUGAUCCGCAGCAAGCCGAGCAAGCUGUUUCAAAACCCUCCUUCGAAUUAUUCACAGAUGCCCAACUCUCUAAAGAAAUCGCCUCCUACGGUUUCAAGGCGGUCAAGUCGCGGCAAGCCAAAAUAUCCCUGUUGGAGCAGUGCUGGCAAGCAGGAAAUGCUACAAAUAAUGAGGUCAAAACCCCUCGAGGACGACCAAGGAAGAAUAGUGCCAGCUCACCUGAGGUGCACGAACCUCCACCAUCUGCACAGGCGCCUGUUUCACCAUUAAAACGGCGAGGGAGACCCAAGAAGGCCGCUUCCACCACCAAAGGCACCACGGCGAGCACUUCCAAAAGCAAAAAGGUGUCGACGAAGACUACAGCGGAAGCAUCCACGACGCCAAAGCGCAAACCAGCGGCUGCCAAAGUCGUUGUGGAGAUUCCGGAUUCCGAAUCCGAUAGCGAUCUCGGCAUGUCGCCGAAUCCGAGCUCAUCUCCCGAGUCUGGCUUUUCACCGCCGCCAGCAGUUGACCUCUCCCUGUCACUCAUGGACGAUACGGAUCCAUCGCUGGCACUCACUUCAACUCAGGAUCGGUCUCUCAGCUACGAGUACAUCACUAAAGCUGUACAAUCGGCGCCGAGGACAACCGAUCCGGCAAACCCUUCAUGGCACGAGAAGAUGUUGCUCUACGAUCCAAUCGUGCUGGAAGAUUUCACUACGUGGCUGAAUUGCGGGCAGUUGACACGCGUGGGCUUUGAUGGAGAAGUGAGCACCAUGGAAGUGAAGCAGUGGUGCGAGUCAAAGAGUAUAUGCUGCCUAUGGAAAGUGAAUCUGCGUGCACGGAGUAUUAGAGCCAAGAUGGUGGCCUUCCCCGCAAAAUUGAACCGUCGAACCGGACCUCGGCUCGUCGCGACUCCGUGCAAAUCAUCAGCGAGAUCAAAACACCCCCUACAAAUCUCACCCCCAAUUCGCCGGCUUCUCUUUCUCACUCUCUCUGUUUCAAUGAAUCUGGUCUCGUGUGCCGUCACCAGAUCGUUGCCUCGUCGUGUCAGCAGCUUGGCUUCAUCCGCACACAGACCGACCAUUGAGCAUCUCCACGCAAUCCAGCUCACCACCAUCAUGGCCUCAAAAUCGCCCACCUGGACGCGUCUCUACUCGUCGCCCGCAUCGCCCCAGAAGGAGGAAGGAAAAGACCCCAAAGCAGCGAAGAAGCCGAUUCCAGAGCCGCGGCCGAGUUCUUCCAUUGUGCUGCUUUCUCCCACCAACGAGGUCCUGCUGCUGCAUCGGGUCAAGACUUCGACUUCGUUUGCUUCGGCGCAUGUGUUUCCUGGAGGGAAUUUGGAUGCGUUUCAUGAUGGCGAUAUUCCGGCUCCUGGAGCGGAGGAUCGGCAUGUUGAUGGCCCGGCGUAUAGGCUAGGUGCUAUUCGGGAGUGCUUUGAGGAGACGGGCAUUUUACUCGCUAAUAAGGAUGGCCGGUUGGUUGAUUUGCCGCAGCAGGAGAGGGAUGAGGCGAGGAAGAGGAUUCACGGGAGCCAAAUCAAGUUUGCGGACUAUUUGAAGUCGAUUGGUGCAGAACCUGACCUAGAUGGGCUCGUACCUUUCACGAGGUGGGUAACUCCCGUAGGGGUCCCAAAGCGCUUCACCACUCAGAUGUACUUGUAUUUGAUCCCCAUCUCACGCACCGGCGUGCCAUCUGAGAUGCUGGUCCCAACGCCCGAUGGUGGAAUCGAACACACUGAGGCUUUAUUCGCUCCUCCGCAGACGUUCCUUUCCCGCGUCGCUGCUAAUAAGAUGAUCCUGUUCCCACCACAAUACUACAUUCUCUCGCUUCUCACAAAGUUUCUCAAAGGUCCUACGGCUUCAGUAGAAGAGGGACCUGUGUACUAUACGAAGCAGCGCAGAGCGCUACUCAAGUUUUUGAGAUCGACUCCCACGGCGGAUACGGACAAGGGGAAAGCGCACGUCACGUCGAACAUUUCGUGGGCUGACAAGGUGAUGAGCCCGUACCACUUGUUUGUCAGGAAGAGUGAUAAGAGGGUUGUUUUGGGUCUGGAAAAGCCGGGUCUUGAGCUCAGGGAUUCGGAUAGGGGAGGUGAUUGGGAGAGAGUUGUGUUGGUGAGCUUUGGCAAAGCUGGUCCUUCUCAGGUGGAAGUUCGCUUGAGAGAGGAUGUUUUGAGGGAAGAAAAAGAGGCUUCUCCUGAAGGGUCGAAGCUGUGA